AUGAACAUGUUGGAUGAAUCCCGAAAAACAAAAUUAAAACAAUUAUUACCAAAUUAUUUAUUUGUAUUGAUAAAUAGCGGGAAACGUCAAUCGGAAAUUGUUCAAAAAGUUGAGCCUAUUUUAGGUCUUGAAACAUCAGCACUUGUUCUUUGGUUUAUUGAAAUUUUAAUACAAUCAAGUUCUAAACAAAAAUAUGAGCUUGGAGUUGAAACUGAACAAGAAAGGCUUGAGAGGUUGAGAGAAGAGAAGCUCCAGAAAGAAAAAGCAAGACAAUUUAAUCAAACUUCAAAUAUAUUCGUUGCAGUCCAUGGAGAAAAGGCCAUCAGUAUGGUUGAAAAUUUAAUGAACAAAAUACCAUCUCAGCCGAGUUUAAGUGGUGGACCAUAUUUGGAGGACAAUUUAAUUAAUUAUGAUGACAAGAAGAUAAUAUCAACAGAUGAUAUGGAACAAUUGAAAAAACAACAUGAAUCUAACCCAACUAAAUAUCCUCAAUAUUUUUCAACCAGUGAAACGAAUUCUAUCAAAAAUACCUCAAAUAUCAAUUCAUUUUUAAACACAUCUUGGUUUGUGAUAGAAGACGGGAUCGAGGAAUUGGAUUUAUCAGAGGAUUUAGAGUCAUCGUGCUUGCUUCAAGAGGAAGCAGAAAAAGAAACAUUAAAACACAUACAAGAGAGCGAGAAGAGGAAAGAUGAUAGAAAUAGGAGAGAACAUAUCAAUCGAAGAGGAAACUAUUUCUCAAGAAAUUACAACAAAAACUCAAACGAACGACAUUAUCACAGAUACUCGAAUGAUACUUAUACCCGAGAUUAUUCCAACCAACCUAACACGAUAUACUAUCCUUCACCAUCGACUACAGUCUGCAACACAAAUUCACUCUCUGGCAAUCCUUACACUAGUCAUCAAUAUUAUCCUAAUGUCAACCCUUAUGGUGUUCAUGAGAAUACCACAAACACUAUCCAACAAUCAGCAACUGUAUAUCCUUCCAAUGGCAACAGUGGUUCUGACCAUUCAAAUUACUACAAUUUCGAUAAUGGGUCUUCCUUCAAACGAAGUUUUGACAACUACAGCAACUACGUUGAUGUCACAAACGAAAGUAACAACAAAAAACGGAAAUACAACAACAAGCUUCCAUUUGAUCAUGUACAGCCCAGUUAUCCACAACGAUGA